AUGCUAAAUGUCGCCUUUUUAAACCCCACCAGCUCGCAAAACGAGGUGCUUGUGAACGCGCCUGGCGAGGGUGACCUGACCAUGAAGUCAUCCAAGCUCUACACACGGGCUUUGGGUCGGCAGCCGAGUAGAAAGCUGAAGUCCAAGUCAAGUGGUGAGGUAGAUACUCCGGUCCAAACCAGGAAACUGUCGACUCUGCCCAGUAACGUGAUCACCGUGCGCUCCAGCAUCGAGAAGAGGGACUCAUCGCGCACGAUGACCCGCUGGGACGAGGACCUGCACAAGUUUGUCUGCACGCUCACAGAAUCCUCGCGUUUCAACGGCUUCAUCAUGUUGAUGAUCAUCUUCAAUACUGUGGUGCUGGCGGUGGAGACCAGUCCGACGCUGCGCUACGAGUACGAAAUGGCUCUGGCGAUCGUCGAUCAGAGUUUGCUGGCGAUAUAUACUGUGGAAGCUAUCCUCCGCAUCUACGCUGAGCCGAAAAACUACUGGCUUCAGGUGUCCAACCUGUUCGACUUCCUUCUCGUCGUCGUGUCGCUUUGUCAGCCUGUGAUUGAGAUGUUCGUGAAGGGAGCUGGCGGCGUCAUGGUGUUCCGCAUGUUCAGGGCGCUGAAGGCGCUGCGGACACUGCGCAGUGUCAGCUUCUCGACCAACCUACAGGUGCUGGUGUCGGCGCUGAUCGACACGAUCCGGCGCUACGUGGUCAGCGUCAUCAUCCUCCUCGUCUUCAUCAUGUUCCUGUUCGGCGUCGUCGGCUACUACCUGUUCGGCAGCAACAAGUUCGCGGCGGACGAGGCGGCGCGCGAGGACUGGGGCACUCUGGGGCGCGCGAUGUUAUCACUCUUUACCUACGUCACCGCCGACGGCUGGACGGCCGUGCAGGAUAACAUCGACGGCGCCGACAUGACCGGCAAGUGGAGCCGGCUCUACACCAUCGGCUUCAUCUGCAUCGGCCACUUUAUCAUGACUAACGUCUUCAUCGGCAUCAUCAUCAUGAACAUCAGCGAGGCGACCGAGACGUUCCGCCAGGAGCGGCGCCGCGAGCGUGAGCUGGCAGUCAGGCGAAAGAAGGCGUUCAUGAUGCAGCGUCAGCGCGAAGACAUCAACCGUAUGAUGGAGAAACAGCGCCGCGGCAACUGGAGCAACUUCUACGAGAUGGUGCAGAGCUUCCAGGAGUCGCUCAACCAUGACGAUUACACGACGGUGCAGGACAUGUGCACCAACCCGGUCUGGAUCCUGUCGCUGCUCAACACGCUCGACCUGCAGGAUCAGACGCUGGAGAACCUGAUGAACCUCUACUUCGAGCUGCUGCACACCCUGGCCAAGAUGUCGGAGGCGGAAGGGAAGUCUGAUGCGAAACCAGACCCGUGA